UCCGGGCGGGGAGCAGCUGUGGUGCCACUGCAGACUCUCCCGGAGCUUCCUUCCUGUGAUGUGUAACCCUGACCUUUCUUGGUUGCCCCUUCCAGAAUCCACACCGGUCACAUUCUUGCCUACUCCAUUACCAACAGAGACCGAAUCGGGCUUGGCACUGAGGCUGGUGAACGGAGGUGACAGGUGUCAGGGCCGAGUGGAGGUCCUGUAUCGAGGCUCCUGGGGCACCGUGUGUGACGACAGCUGGGACAUCAACGAUGCCAACGUGGUCUGCAGGCAGCUGGGCUGUGGUUGGGCCACGUCGGCCCCAGGAAGUGCCCGGUUCGGCCAGGGCUCGGGGCUGAUCGUGCUGGAUGAUGUGGGCUGCUCAGGGAAUGAGGCCUCCCUGUGGAGCUGCCCCCACAGCGGCUGGAACAGCCACAACUGUGGGCACCAGGAGGAUGCUGGUGUCAUCUGCUCAGGUGAGCCUUAAAGAAGUUGGGUGUCCCCCAGAGG